AUGGCCUCCACGCCGGCGGCGCCCGCCGUGGCGCCGUCGCUGGUGGACACCCUCUUCCAGCGCUCCCUAAACGACCUCGUCAAGUCCCUCCGCGCGGACCCGUCGGCCGCCGGCGAGGCCGCGGCCGUCGCCCGCGCGCUCUCCGAGAUCCACCGCGAGAUCCGCGCCCCCGACGCCGCCACCAAGUCCGUCGCGCUGCAGAAGCUCACCUACCUCUCCACGCUCCACUUCGCCCCCGUCGGCACCCACCCGCUCGCCUUCCCCGCCAUCGAGCUCCUCGCCUCGCCACACCUGCCCCACAAGCGCCUGGCCUACCUCGCCGCGUCCCUCUCGCUCCACCCGGCCUCGCUCUCCCUGCUCCCGCUCGCCACGCACCAGCUCCACAAGGACCUCUCCCCCUCCUCCGCUGGCGCCGCCCACCAGCAGCACCUCUCCGCGCUCGCGCUCCAGCUCCUCGCCUCGCCCGCCGCGGCCGCCGCGCCCGACCUCCCCGUCCACCUCGCGCACGACCUCGUGCUCAAGGUGUUUGCACGACUGGCUCCUCUCGAGCCCCGCCUGGCAGCGAGAAUUGUCGACCCGGUCUGCCAGCUCCUCACCCGAUCUUCGGCCAUGUCACUGACCUUCGAGUGCAUCCGCACGGUGCUCACUGCACUGCCAGCACAUGAUGCCGCGGUCCGCCUCGCCAUUGGGAAAGCCAAGGAGUUCGUUGCUGCUGAUGACGAUCCCAACCUUCGGUACCUUGGGCUUCUGGCUCUUGGUAUGCUUGGCCCAGCAUAUGCAUCCACGGUGAAUGAUUGUCGGGAUGCUAUUGCGAAGUCACUGGGUGAUGCUGACACCAACAUUCGCCAGGAGGCGUUGCAUCUCAUUAUGGGGAUGGUUAAUGAAAACAACAUCAUGGACAUUGCUGGUAUGCUGAUCAGUCAUGUUGCUAAGUCAGACCCAGAGUUUGCAAAUGACAUUCUUGGGGCUGUUCUAGCAGCAUGUGGGCAUAAUGUGUAUGAGAUGGUGGUGGAUUUUGAUUGGUAUGUUUCGCUCCUUGCGGAUAUGGCAAGGACCCUGCAUUGUGCCCAAGGGGAUGAGAUUGGUCGGCAGCUUGUUGAUGUAGGACUGAGAGUGCGGGAUGCACGGCCAGAGCUUGUCCAUUCAGUUCGAACUCUCCUGAUUGAUCCUGCUUUGCAUGGAAAUCACUUCCUCUUCCCUGUUCUUUCAGCGGCUGCAUGGGUUUCUGGUGAGUAUGUGGACUUAACGAAGGAUCCUGUUGAGCUUGUUGAAGCACUCUUGCAACCAAGGACCAGCCUCCUGCCAAUUUCAGUGAGAGCUGUCUACAUCCAUGCAGUAUUUAAAGUGAUUACGUGGUGUUUCAGUGUGUAUGUUGGGAGAUCGGGUGAUUCAGGCAUGGCAGUGGAUGUCAUAUUCGACAGGUUAGCUGCUGAUCAAACUGUUGGUUCAGAAAGCAAUGUUGCACUUGGGUCUGGUGAAGAGCAAGAUAUUGGGGCGAGCACAGUGCGAAAGGACCCUUUUUCGCAUGAAUCUAUACUUUACAUGAUUAACCUGAUUCAAACAACAGUUGGUCCACUCAUUAACUGCAAUGAAGUAGAAGUCCAGGAGAGAGCACACAACCUGAUUGGUUUUGUCCAUUUAGUAAGAGAAAUUCAAGAGUUGAACAAAAGGAAGGUUGCUGAUGGUGACAAGCCAAGCAGGUUAGAAGAGCUUGUUAAGACUAUGCGGACAGUAUUCUGUCAAGAACUAGGUCCUGUUUCUGUGAAUGCACAGAUGAAAGUGGCCACUCCAGAUGGCCUUAUCCUGAAUGAAAAUCUUGUUGAACUUGCUGGCAUUGUGAGUGAAGAUGAUACUACUCCCUCAACUUCAAUCUUUUUCUAUCCUUGCAGUCGUCAUUCUGUAGAUACCAGAGACGAGCCUGCAGUGUCAAUUGGUUCGUCUUCUCUUUCUGAGCAUCGCAAGAGGCAUGGACUCUUUUAUCUACAAACAGGGAAAACUGAGGACGAGCCAAAUGAUUACCCUCAAGCUAACAAUUCUCUACCAUCUUCUAGCAAUAAUUCUGUUAAUGAUGACAAGUUGAAGACUGCUGAACUUGUAUUUGCUGGGAAAAAGUCGACGGCCACGAAAUCUAGACCAAAAGUAGUUAAGUUGGAUACUGAGGAUUUCCUCAGUUCUAUGAUGCCUGGUGCAAAUGUUCCAAAAGAAGACCCCUUGUCUGGUGCUCUACGUGAUGUGCUCUUGGGUAGUGAUGCUAAGGCAUUGUCUUCACAAAGGGCUUCAGAUAUAAACUUGGAAGGAAUGCUAAACAAAACAAGCAGUAAUGAAUCUAGCUCUCAGCAGAUAGAGAAUUUAGGAAGCCAUCCUGCUUCACGUUCUAGUAGUAGAACAAGUAAGCAACAAGACCAUGAUAAAGAGAAAGGUACAAAUCCUCCUGAAAGUGAUGGCAAAGAACCAAGAAAGCACAGAAGCUCUGGUAGAAGUGGACAUCGUCAAGGAAAACAUAAGCAUAGAGAAAAGUCUAGUACUCAGCCUGAUACUAUACCUCAAGCUCCAGUCAUUCAAGAUUUCCUUCUAUAG